CUUUCUACUUGAUUCAGCACGAUGGUGCUGAAGAUCCGACCGAGCCCGCCGCUCCCGUUCCCGCACCACAAGACUCCAAAACACUCACUGGACUGAACGAUUCCUAGACAUGCCCCAUGUUGCAACCCCCAUUCGCUAUCGAACAGCCAGCUAUUUAUCUCUUCCGCGUCCCCCUGCUAACAAUCGAUCUUACUAGGUUCGAUAACCACCCCACACCCCUCUCACCUCCCGCCGAGUAUAGCCAGGUUGAUUUGGAAACCCAUGCAUGGGAUUUUGUCUGGGAUAGCCCUGUCGAAGAAGUAGUAGCAGCGCUACCGUCUCCAGUCGUUUCCUCCUCCCAGUCUCCAGACUCCCAGUCGACUCCGCCUAGAAACACGUACCAAGAUUUCGCCACCCACACACCGGCCGGUUCUCAGGAUGAGGACUUCCCUGAGGCAAGCCAGCAGCAGCAGCCUCAGCGGGCCUCUCGUGGAAGACCCAUCAUCAUAUGUCCUUAUGCACUGCUAUCAGGCUGUCAGUUCACAACUAGGCAGCGGCGUGACCUGGGCCGGCACGUCGACUCGGUGCACAGGAAGCUGAUGUUGUUCUUCUGUCAAGAUCCGAACUGCCCCCGCAGCGCCGGCGGCGGCGACGGCUGGUCCCGCAAAGACCUUCGAGAUAGGCACCAGAAGCUGCGGCACAGCUUCGGCCAUGCUCGGCGGCAGGGGCAAGGGCAGGGGUGUGAUACGGGGGCGGCCGGGAGCGAGGAGGAGGAGGAAGACAACAGCGACGAGACCGAGACAGCGCAGGAAGAUAACCUGGUCUACCAAGUCCGCGAGGAGCGGAGGCUGCGCCUCAAGCUCGAGAAGGAGCUCGAAGAUUUGCGGAAGCGAUCCGACGAGGUCCAGAGGCGCGCCGACGAGAAGGAGGAGAUCCUUAACAGGAUCCUUCUGGGCAAGCUGAAGCUCCAGGGGCUCGAUAGGCUUUGACGUAGCCGCGCAUUUCCAGGAGCCAGUCAUCCCAGAGGAAACCACCGCAGGAAACCCAACACGGAUACGAGGUUGUUCAAGGAUUUUUCAUAUCCCUGUGUUUGUCAGCUAAUAACUACCGCGACGCCUGGUCCGUUGCCCUUUCCCCUUUUGCUCCUUGUUUUCUAUUUUCAUCACGGUUCUUUUGGCGCUCACUUGGGCGAUGACGAAUAAUAGGAGUUUGGCGAGUUGGAUUUGGAAUCAUGUUCCUAAUUUGCUAUGAUUGUCUAGCAUAUCAUUCAGCGAGCUGCGUGCCUUUCAGCUUC